CUGCCUUCGACGAAACACAAUGACCCGAGUCAACUUAAUCGUCCCUAUUCUGCUGUGUUCGCUGUACUGGUUGCAAGCUCAAAUCGACGCUAAAAAGUACAACUAUAACUUCGACAUCAACGAGCUGCAAUGCACGGGAAACCAAACGCACGAAAAGGUGCUACUAUCCGGUUACCGACCCAUGUUCAACAGUGACAACAAGCGAGACUACAGCGACAUCAUGCUAAAAAAGUUGUACACGUUGCAGGAUUUCCUCGACAACCGGGCACCGUACGUCACGGUCGGAAUGGAUCCGAAACUGAAGAUCCCCUACGGAAAAUCUAUCUGUAUUCCCGAGCUGAACAUUCACUUCCGACGGAACAUCAAGCUACAGGUAAGAGAUACCCACGAGGAUUUGACUGGCGGUGGCUAUCGGCGAGUCGAUAUCUGCGUGCGUACACAGGCCGACAGCUUCGAUGAUAUUGUUAACCUGCUGGAGGCGAGUGUAGUGUUUUAAACGGCGAUGUCUGGCGCGUGUUAAACGUAUCAAUGCACAUACACAGUGAUUGGCAUUACAAUCGCUUCUAUUCUGGACGUCGACUGGAUUAAUUCUUCGAACUAAGCUAAUUGAUAUUUUAGUGUCAAGCUGUAUAAUGAAAUGAUCACUGCUGGGAUCAAUCAAAGCAGCCAGAAUAACGAUUGUUUAUGUUUGAAUGUUUUGUUUUUAACACGCGUUCGUUUAGUCGCAUAAUUUCUACGGGAUUUUUAACAAUAAAA